CCGGCCGGCGGGCGGGCGAGCGGGGAGCUCUCUGCGGGCUCAGUGCUGAUCCGCCGGCAGGCAGCCGGGAAUGCGAAGCGAUGGCCGCUGGCGGCUCUGAGGAGAAGACCUACCGCCGCUUCCUGGAGCUCUUCCUGGGCGAGUUCCGAGGGCCCUUCGGGGCAGAGCCAGCUCCCUCGCCCCCCGCCGCCGCCGGGGCAGAAGGGGAAGGGGCAGCCGCCGGGGAGGCGGAGGAGAGCGAAGCCGCGGACCCCCAGCCCCCCACCCCUCCGCCGCCGCUGCCGCCGCUGCCCCGGCCGCUCUCCGAGCACAUCAUCGAGGAGGAGGUGGAGGGCGAGUGCCUGGACCUCUGCCUGCAGCAGCUCUACAAGUAUAAUUGCCCUUCAUUUUUGGCUGCUGCUUUAGCCAGAGCAACAUCAGAUGAAGUCCUUCAGAGUGAUCUUUCAGUGCACUACUUACCAAAGCAUGUGGAUAGUACAGAAGGCAUCAUACAGAUUGAGACAGUGAAGCUAGCCCGCUCAGUUUUCAGCAAACUCCACGAGAUCUGCAGCAGCUGGGUGAAAGACUUUCCGCUUCAAAGGAGGCCCUACCGCUAUUAUGAGACAUCCAUCCAUGCUAUCAAAAACAUGCGCAGGAAGAUGGAAGACAAGCAUGUCUGCAUUCCUGACUUCAACAUGCUCUUCAACCUUGAGGACCAAGAGGAGCAAGCGUAUUUUGCAGUAUUUGAUGGUCAUGGAGGGGUGGAUGCUGCCAUCUAUGCCUCCAUCCAUCUCCAUGUGAAUUUGGUACACCAGGAGAUGUUUCAACAUGAUCCAGCGGAGGCACUGUUUAGAGCAUUCCGGGUGACAGAUGAACGCUUUGUUCAGAAGGCAGCCAGAGAGAGCCUUCGGUGUGGCACCACUGGUGUGGUAACAUUCAUCCGAGGAAAUAUGCUGCAUGUAGCUUGGCUUGGUGACUCCCAGGUGAUGCUUGUGAGACAGGGCCAAGCGGUGGAACUAAUGAAGCCUCAUAAACCAGAUAGAGAGGAUGAGAAGAAGCGUAUCGAGGCCCUCGGAGGCUGUGUGGUCUGGUUUGGGGCCUGGAGAGUGAAUGGGAGUUUAUCUGUCUCCAGAGCUAUUGGAGAUGCUGAGCACAAGCCAUAUAUUUGUGGAGAUGCAGACUCCGCCUCCACCGUACUGGAUGGGUCUGAAGACUACCUCAUUUUAGCCUGUGAUGGCUUCUAUGACACAGUAAAUCCUGAUGAGGCAGUGAAGGUGGUGGCUGACCACCUGAAGGAGAAUAAUGGAGAUAGCAGCAUGGUGGCACACAAAUUAGUGGCAUCAGCACGGGAUGCUGGCUCCAGUGACAACAUCACUGUCAUUGUGGUAUUUCUCAGGGACAUGAAUACAGCAGUAAAUGUUAGUGAGGAUUCAGACUGGACAGAGAACUCUUUUCAAGGAGGACAAGAAGAUAAUGGGGAAGAUAAAGAAAACCAUGGAGAUUGCAAACGGCCAUGGCCUCAACACCAGUGCUCAGCACCUGCAGAUCUAGGGUAUGAUGGGCGAGUGGAUUCCUUCACUGAUAGAACUAGCUUGAGCAUAGGGUCCAAAAUUAACCUGUUUGAAGACCAACGCUAUUUAGACCUGAUGAAAACAGAAGCAAGCCAACCUCAGAAUGCCAAACAUUUGUUACCAGUUAAAGUGUUUAGUCCUGGCCUACCAAAGGGAGUCAAUUUAGUUAACGGCUCAACAGUGAAGAAUGAAGCUCCAAAAAGCACCGCAUCUUCAGUGUCUGGACCUACAGAUCCAAGGGGAUAUUCUGCUUCUCUUAGUUUGAGUUCCACAGGGCAGCACAUUUACAGAAUGGAGGGUUUAUCUCCACACUUUUCUGGAUUAGAAAAGGAACAAUUCAGAUCCUUGGGGAAAAGAGUCUCUGCUUUCUCUCAUUUCCACUUCUAUAAUGCAAAGAGGCGAUGUGGAGCCAGGCUCAAACCAAAGUUUCACACACAUCUCUUUGCUCACAAACCUUCCCAUAUGGAAGGAUUAGGUCCAUCCUUACCUGUCCAAAGUGGCAGUAAAAUUAGGAUGUUGGUAAGAAGUUCUCUGUGGUGGAGGAUGAAUAGUCACAAAGUUUAUGGUGAGAAUAUGCUCUUGAGUCGAAGACAGAGUAAUUGUACACCAGAACCAUACCUUUAUCAGAGCUGCAAAAUAUAACCAUCCUCCUUGUAUCCCCCCUUCAGACAACUAGUUUAGUCAAUCCCAGAAUAAAAAUGGCAUCAAAAAAUAAAAAGGUGAGCAUUUCAGAACUGUGUUAUGGUUCCCUGUAAAACUCAGUUCAGAUGUAAAUAGACCAAGGAAUU